GCGCUGAAAUAAGGACUAAGCGUCUAGACGUCGAGACAGUCGUACUUUACCGUUCACCGCGAUCGGUGUUAUCGUUGUGUACGUAAUAAUGUGGGAGCGGUCGAUGUAGGCUACGCGCCGUUAUUCGAUAAAAAAGAGUAAAAUACAUUGUUAUCCGUGGGAUUUUGUAUCGGAUCUGCGACGCGCCAGGCCGGCGGACGCGGACAAUGAGUGCACGCGCGAAGCGAAGCGCGACGCGCGGCUGUCGGCGAUGCGCGGGCGGUCGCUUGUAAAGAGCACUCCGAAGUGCUCAUUAGCCGGUGCACCGCGAGCGCAACGCGUCUCAGUGCGAGUGUGCGAUACCGUGGCGAGUGUUGACAGGCGGGUGAUGCGGUGCUAUGCUGUCGGUGAGCAAACCGGCCUCUCUGGUGCAGCAGAAGAAGCAGCAGUGGGCGCGGGAGAGAGAGGAGAUGUCCCAACUUUAUCUACCGUGGGGUUCCGGGGAGCGAUACACGAAUCGCCUACAAAUUCGGAACCAAUUCGCGAGCUCUCUUGAGUUACACAAGCAGUCUUCUUACGAAUACCAAGAGCCGGUGCAACGACAGAGGAGCCCCAGCUUACCGCCGAUACAUCAAAUAGACGCUGCCAAACAAAUAAAAGAAGAUCGGCGAUGCAAAGACGUUUUAAAUCGUAAUAUUUCAAGUGCAAAAAGGUUUUCGUUUUACGACGAAGACGGCGAAGGGGACACUUCCGGCUACGGAAGUGAAACUGUGAAUCAUAUGAAUAAUAGAAAUCAGAAUGGGACCAGCGACCGCAAUCCUGUUGUAGCGUGGCAACAAGAUGGUAAAGAAAACAGAAAACAAAAUGUAAAUAUGCGGACAGGGGCAAUGGGAGUGGACAGCGCGUGGUCAGCACGCAGUCCUGCGCCGGAGGAGGGCCGGCCACGCUGGGGGGACCGCGGCGUAGCCACAGGCCGGCUUUGGGAGCCCACCGCGCCCACCGCAAGGCUGCCUCAGAUGCAAAAUCAAAAAAAGGGUACUCCAUCAUGGGUAGAGCGUGGAUUGAACAUGUUAGACAACACCUCAGAUGUCCUCGUCGUCGACCAGCGAAGCUCAACGAACUCUGGAUUAGAUUGUGAUAGAUCAUCUUGUAAUGGGAGCGAAGAAGGAAAAACUUUCCUCAGGGGUCAAAAUGUUCCUUUAGAACCAGAAGUUCGAGCACAAAGGGAGAACAAGCGAACAAAAGCCUUAGAAUUACAAUCUGCUAUAUUAAAUCAAUUAGAAGAUCGUGAAAAAAGACGUCAAGAAGAAAGAGAAAGACAGUUACGAGAAGAUCGCUUGGAAGAAAUACGAAUACAAAGACAACAAGAAGAAGAUAGGCGCAAAAUGGAGGAAGAAAAAAGAAAACACGAGGAAAAGCAAAUGAUGGAGCAACGCAAAUUGGACGCUCUUAAAAAAGCGCUAGAAGACGCGGAAAGGAGAGCACGAAACGAAAAGGAGAAAAAAUUUAAAUGUCACAGACAAAUUUGCAAUUCCACCGAAAUUAUAUGUGAAAAUGAGAAGACGAAACUAUGUGAAAAUGCAACAUUAGAAAACUCUCAAAGAAAUGAGCUCAUAAGUCCUACCAAAAGUAGUAGAACGUAUGAUAUUCAUUCGCCUAAAAGUCAAAAGAAAGAUUGUGGCUCUCGACAAUCAACUGCUUUCAACUCGCCUAGAGCAAUGGGCGCUGGUAAUGUUAAUUUAUUUAUUCAUAAUGUACCCCCAAUCGGUCUUACAGAUAAUCAGUUCAAUAUUGUACCAUUAGGUAUUAACGGAAAUGGGGAAAUUGUAAGUACACAACCCAAUAGCUUACAAUUAGCAGUUUUAGUCCCUCAAAACCUAAGUAAUAAUUUAUAUAGUGUAUCUGUUAAUUCCCUCAUUAACAAUAAUGAUACGUCAGAGGGAUGCAAAAUUAUAACUCCUCAAAAAUAUCGAACGCUCAGGACAAAAGAUGCAUUUACACAAACUGAGACAGAUUUAUCAGGAUAUAAAGUAGAUAAAAAUGUAGAAACGAUUGAUAUUGAGAGAAACAUAGACAAAGACUACCCUAAUAUUGAUGAAAACGCACCGCAGGACGGUGGCCGUAGCACUUUUAAGAAAGAUCGACGUUUAAGAUCGGAAGAAAGGUACAAAAAAGAUAUAGAAAAUCGUCCCAAAUGGGGUGCUAAUAAACCAGUAGCACAAUAUAAAAAACAAAGUGAAAAAGAUCCUUUCUAUAGUCAGAAGCGAAAAGUACGACAAAAGCAUCGGACACAAGCGAGACAAUAUAUGUCGCAAUCCAGCGACGACAGCCGUUCACCAAGCCCUCCUACGAGAUCUGACAAAAUAGUAGAAGGUACAUUUAAGCAGCGUAACUCCUUAAGUCAGUCUUACUGGAGAAAUAAACUUUCUAAUUCUGACAAUUCUAGAAAUAACAAUGUCGGAGGUCCGAAUGCUGAUGUACAGGAAUUCUGUUCAUUAGAUCAAAUCACUGGUGAAAGAUUAGAGCAUAAUAAAUUACCGAAAAGGCUGACACUAUCACAAAAAUUUAUAAAUGAUAAGUAUGGUGCAAGAAAGUUGUGGAUGGACGACAUCAGCGAAAGAAGUUCCAAGUAUUUAGAUGUCGAAAAUGAAACUCAACUCAAAACUAAACGAAACUCUGAUAAAUUUAAUAUGUUUAAAAGAGACAAUGUUGUCAGUAACGAAGAACAAGACAAUUUUGUAAAACUGAAAUCUUAAGACUAAUAGGUAUAAAUAACAAAACA